CCCUUAAUUUAAUCCACCACCCUAAUAUUUCUUGAUAUCAUCAUAGUUGAUUGCUUCUAUAUAUUGUUCAAGUACAAAUUGUACAAUCAUACAAAGCAUUAUGGGGAUGAACACAAGUUUAAUGAGAGGAAAAGGAUUGUCAACUUCCCAGAUAUUGAGUUUGGUAAUGAACAAACUGUACAAUCAAUUUGUUGAGAAAGAUAUCAAAGAGUUUGAAACAUUCCAUGUUGCUAUUCUUGAUACCUUCAACACUGUCAACAUGGCUUUACCUGGGAAGCAUUAUGAUGCACCAUCAUAUAAGGAUGUAAAGGAAAUUUUCAAACAAUGGAAAGAAUGCAAUGAAGAAUGCAGAAAGAAAAUGUUCACAAACUUCAUGAAUAAGAAUGUGAAUCUAAACAAAGUAGAUGAAUCAAUGAUAAUCACUGCAAUAGUUGCACCACCAGCAGCAAUGGUGGCCAAAAGAACAGGACAAACAACAUUACCUCAACUAAAAUUCAUGAAUGCAGUCCCUGAUGUUGUUUUUGUUCCCUCAGCUACAGUUUUGGCUCUGAUUGCUGUCAAAAUCCUAAGGUUAAUGUUCCUAGGAAACACCAUAACAUCAAAGGGUACAACAGAUAACAUUGUUGAUCAUGUAGUGCAACCCUCAAGUGUUGAUAACAUGAUUCCUCCACCUGCACUUGAAACUACAUUAGAUCAACAAGACAUGCUAAAGACAUCAUCAAAUUCAGAUGCAAAACAAGACAUGAUUAAAACUGCAACAGAUGCACAUCUACUCACAACUAAGGGAAAUUAUUGUGCCUUGUGUAAAAAAGUUCAUGAUUAUUGAUUGAUCAACAGUUAGAGGCAUAUACAAGCAUAAGCCUAAGAUUAACAAUAAUGAUACAGAAUUGUCUAAUUUCUCACUAGUGAUAUAGUUCAUAAUUGAAGGAAACAAAACUCAUUCAGUCAAUAAAAAAAAAAUCAAAUUAAUUGAAGAAAAUUUCAUAAUCUUAGUAGAUGAAAUAAGGAAAUUUUAGAGUAAUCAAAGAAAUUAAAAAUGAUCCAAUCAAGUUUUGUGCUCCAACUCUUACAAUUGCGGUAUUGGGACUAACUUAUCUUACAAAACCGGCAUGUUAGGUGAGAAUUGCCUCUUAAUUGUAAACCCUUAUCCAAGUCAUCUCACAUCCGAUGUGAGACUUCUUAACACACCCCUCACGCGCAACACUAUUGGGCUUGUUGCGUGAAUAUAAAUGGUGGGUAACCUAACGGAUCUUGGAGAGACUCUAAUACCAUCUUAGAAUUGGGAUAUUGGACCGAACUCAUCCUUACAAAACCAACUUGUAAGAUAAGGAUUGACUCUUACUUAUUACAUCUGAUGUGAGAGUUCUUAACACCAACUUAGUUCCAAAGAAAAGUGUGUUUAGAUGAAAGUGUUCAAACACAUCAAUAAUACUUACCAGGGAAUGGAACCAUUUUGCCUUUCGAAGCCUCUCAGAAGACGGUGGCGUUCACGCUCUGUUUCGCUCGAUAGCUCUCCGUGUCUCUCACGCUCGCGUGGAGCUCUCCCUCGUCUCCUUCCUUCCCUUUUUUGCUUUCGAUUUGUGUAAGCUUUUCCCUCCCUCCUUUUGCCUCGUCUGGAUCCGGCGGAAAGAGUUUUGCCAGAAAACUUUCGAUUUGUGUCAGGGCCGAAUUGCAGAUUUGAUUUUCUGUGCGAUGCGGUUCCCGGGAGGACUUCCUGGCGAUUCAAGGUUAGGGUUUCAAGGAUUUGGGAGGUCACUGGUUAUAUGAGGGCUGAUCAGGUCAAUGCUGUUGAGAUGGUUCUUUUGGAUUCUAAGGGUGGAAAGAUUCAAGCUACUCUUCGGAAGCAGUUGCUGUAUCUGUUUCAGAGGAUGUUGGAGGAAGAACUUGUUUAUGUUAUGUCCUUUUUCACUGUGACUCCCAGCUCUGGUGCUUAUCGGAGCACACACCAUCCAUAUAAGCUUGUUUUUCAGAUGAAGACUAGGAUUGAAUUGUGUGAAAGCCCAGAGAUUCCUCGCUAUGGUCUUUCGUUGAGUACCAUUGCUGAGAUUUCUGCUGUGCGAGGUUAAGGGGACAGGAGGUUGUUAUCAAGGUGCAAAGGCCUGGUCUCAAGGAUCUUUUUGAUAUUGAUCUUAAAAAUCUGAGGGUCAGUGUUAAACUUGUUGCUGUGUGCAUAUGUAACAUUACUUUUUGAUAAUUUUAUUACCUUGUCCUUGAUUUAUCUUAUAACUUUUAUUAACCUGCAAAAAUUGACUUACAUAUUUAGAAGAUUAUAAAAAUUGACAAGUCUGCAAAAAUAGCACGACGGAUGUUUAAUAAUAUGGUUUCCAGCCUUUGAAGACUUACAGAAUUUCAUAAAACACUGAUAUCUGGGUCUUCUUUUGUCUCUCCAGGUUAUUGUCGAAUAUCUUCAAAAAAUUGAUCCUAAAUCAGAUGGUGCAAAGAGGGAUUGGGUUGCUAUUUAUGAUGAGUGUGCUUCUGUUUUAUAUCAGGUUCUAAGUUUUCAUUGUAUUGGUAUAAUCUGUCAUGGCCAAUUAAAUUGCGUAGGAGUGCUACUCAUAUAGAGUUUGAUUAGGUUCAGGCUAAUGGAAAGGGUUAAGAGGCUGGCUCUGCUUUUGGAAUGGCAUAUGGGAUAACCAAGGAAGUUCUUUUGGGUCAUGAAUGUGGAAGCCUGUUGAGUGCAGGGAAUCCAACGGACUUGAAAUUUUAAAAGAAGCUUUUAUGUUGAGAAAUGUUGGAGUUAAUUUGGGUUUUGUUAAGAGUACCACAUUAGAUGUGAGAUGACCUGACAUGAGUUUAUAAGGUUUAUCGUGCAACUAAAAUUUCACUGUAUCCACUUAGAAUUGGGAGUGGAAAAUUCAGGGUUGAGUUUGCCUUGUGAUUUUAUUUUUCUUACUGUUUAUUGAAGGGAAGCAUCAUCAAUUUUCAUAA